GUGAAAUGCUUUUGACAGUCACAAAAAAGUGAUACGUUGCAGCAGACAACAGCAGAUAGCCCAGUAAUGGAGCCACAAGAGAUCAGAGAGGGAUACCUUGUGAAAAAGGGUACAGUGCUGAACUCCUGGAGUGCAGUGUGGGUGGUGCUGUCAGAAGACGGUUUGGAUUACUAUAAAAAGAAAACGGAUCGCUCACCGAAAGGGAUGAUCCCACUGAAAGGAGCAACGCUCAUCAGCCCCUGUCAGGAUUUUAACAAGAGAAUGCUGGUAUUCAAGAUAACUACGGAAAAGAAACAAGAUCACUUCUUUCAAGCCUCAUAUGUGGAGGAGAGAGAACUUUGGGUCAAAGACAUCAAGAGAACCCUAUCCUGCUUGAAAGAUGGGAAAAAGUUUGCCAGGAAGUCCACCAGACGUUCCAUUCGCCUUCCAGAAACAGUCAACCUUGCUGAGCUGUAUGCGCUGAUGAAAGACCAGGACGAUGGAGUGAAGGAGCUAAAACUUGAACAAGACAAUCGAAUUUUCAACCACUGCUUCUCUGGUGUCACAGUGGUAGAGUGGCUGAUUUCGAAAGGGAAGGCGAGAAAUAGGCCUGAGGCACUCAUGUUAGCAGCGGGGCUUCUGAAUGAGGGCUUUCUCCAGCCUGCAGACGACCUGUCAAAAGAGGGAGCAGAGGGCGGGGAGCAAACAACCUUCUUAGAUCAGACAAAAGCUCUGUACUACUUUGCAGAUAGCGGGUUCUUUUGUGAAGGCUACUCCAGUGAUGAAGAUGUUCUUCUGAAGGAUGAAUUCAGGGGAAACAUAAUAAAACAAGGCUGCUUGCUCAAACAGGGCCAUAGAAGAAAAAACUGGAAGGUGCGAAAGUUCAUACUUCGGGAUGACCCUGCUUAUAUGCACUAUUAUGACCCUGCAAAGGGCGAUGACCCUCUGGGCUCAGUACAUCUCCGAGGGGCUGUGGUUACAGCCGUAGAGUAUGUGCCUGAUGCCAAAAAGUACGACGUUGAUGGCAACCUCUUUGAGAUCAUCACCGCAGAUGAGAUUCACUAUUUCCUGCAAGCUGCAACAGCUGAAGAAAGAAAGGAAUGGAUCAAAGCAAUACAGACGGUGUCAAAGAGCGGAAAAUAACAUCUGUGAAGCAAUAGGGGAAUAUCUAAAAGCCUAAGCUGUAUCAAAACUUCUGUAACAUCAAACUUUUCUGCUAUGGGUUCUUUCAUUGUGGAAAUCCUAGUAAAUUUCACUUUCAUACACACAUUAUGUUUAUGCAUUAUAUGCAAAAUGAAUUACAAUGUAUCUAAGAGGGGAAAAAGUGUUAAUGCCAGAUGAAUACAUUUGAAAGGCACUGUGUUAUUUAGAAUUAUAAGUUCAAUUGAUACAUGUAUUUGUUUUUCAUUGUUUGGAUUAAUAGUUGCUCUUUAUCCUUUACGUAAAUAUACAUAUUUAAAUAAGCUGGGUUGCAUAACAGUAAGACAUCUCUUUUAUUUAAAAGUAGUGUAAAACAAAAACAAAAAUGCCUCAAGGCAAAAAUCUAUAUUAAUUUACAUUAAUUUAAUUUCCUCCUUGUUUAGUCUUCUUCUAUACAUUUGAGAUAGUUGCUGUCACACAAAUGCUCAGUUAGCGGGUGUGAACAAAGCGCGAGUUGCAUUCUGUCUUCACCGUUGCACAACCACUUAGUAGCGUACACACCUGCUGUAUAUGUGUGAGAGUUUUUCAGCUACAAAACUAAUUGCAUAGAAAAAGCAUGACAGAGAUGAACACUUGUUACAAUGACGAUUUAAGGGCAGAGUAUUAGUUUCAGGACACUGCUUGUAGUUCAACUAGUUAGAGUCCUCAUUUUAUGUCAAAGUAGGUAGGAUAUAUAAAUAUAAAAUAAGUCCUACAAAGAAAAUGUAUUAGACUCUUCGUUUAUCAUUUGAACAAUUGUCAGACAUCUGGGAUUUACUCUGUUUAAAAACUAAUUGUUUGCUUUUUUAUACUAUUCUGUUGCAAGUGAGAAACUAAAUGCUUUUGUGAAUACAUGAAUAAAGGACCAGGGUUUAGUCAAACAAAACCCCAUAUAUGA